UAUAAUUUGGCUUUUAAAGCAAAUUUUCAAAUUCAUUAUAUUCAUAUAUUCUUGAUAUUUUUAAAAAAGAUAAAAAAAAAAAUUCUAUAAGUUACUAAAAAGCUUCUAGGUUCGAGACUAUUUUUGUGCAAAACAUGGCGGUUUAUAUGCAUUGAGGGUGUCAAUGAAGUUAAAGUGUCUCCAAAACUGACAAUCCUAACAGCAUGGCAACAAAACGGCCGGCAGUUGAUGAUCCAGGGGCCGCCGGCCCGCCAGACAAAAAGCUGACUCGUUUUGACCCUGCCCAACUGGGUAACAUAUCAUCCCUUGAAGAGCUCGAUGUCAAGGUCCUUGUCUUUCAAAACAAGAAGCUCUGUGAACGUAUCGAGCAGAGGCGUCUUGCCGAAGAUGAUCUUCAGCGGCGUGUUGAGCAGCUGGAGGAUAGGCAACGCCAUGAUGAUGCAAUGCUGAUGAUUGUGAACCGUUAUUGGAAUCAGCUUGAUGAAGAUGUCCGUGUUCUGUUGCAACGGUUUGAUGCAGAGACGGCUGAUGAUUCUGAAGGCGAAACUCCAGAGACUACAUCAUUUCUCACAUUGCUCUCGACCUGGGAUAAAGAUGAGCUUGGGCAGAAGCUUGGACAGCGAGUCGAGUUCUCCAAGCGUGCCAUUGGCCGGCUACUGCAAGCGUUCGACCGAUUGGUGUUGCGCAACGAGCGACUACAGCGUGCACUUCGGGAGCACGUCCUUGCAUCGGCAACUGACUCAAUGGCCGACGACGAGAAACCGCCAGCUCCGCCUCCACCACCUCCACCGCCGCCACCACCAUCAUCGGAGACAUCAGCGACAGGUGGCAAUGAUGCUGUGGAUAUGAAAAAGCCCAAGCUGGAACCAGAUGCAACCGGUACUACAAGAGGGGACAGUGUUGAUACAAAACCAGACUACCUGGACACAGUUGUGAAGAAGGAACCGGGUGCAUCUGAUUCAGUGCAUGAUGACAACAAUGCCAGUGAUACAAAUGAUUGCAAACUACAUUCAGACUCAGUCGAUGUGAAAGUACCUGUAGGAUGCACAACAAAUCCAAGCCUUAUCGAUAUACUGCAUAUGGAUCUAGCUGAUGCACUGCAGCAAAACAAGCAGCUGCAUCAGUUGGUGACACAACUGCAUCAGCGGCAUCACGAGAACACUUUAAAGGCAUCUGAAUUGCAAGAUACAGUGACGGCUGCAGAGACUUGCAAUGCUGAACUGCGAAACAAAGUCGAUGAUUUGGAAUAUGAUUAUGAAAAAGCAGAUCAGCGUGCCAGGAAGUUAGACCGACGACUAGCUGACAGUCUGCAGAAGUUGCGGGGCUACGAAGAAGACCCAGUGGUGCAUGAAGGUGGCCGUACAAUCUCGGGUGUUUCAAAGAAUAAGUUUGAUGAGAUCAGUGCAGAAUUGGAAGAGCAACGGGAAUUUGCCACAACUCGACUCAGUGAAUUGGAGAAACUCAGCAAAGACCACCAUGAAGCAUUGAAGGAGAUUGAACAGCUGCGUAUGGAUUUACAACAUUUGCCAGAGCAUGUCAUUAUGGACAGCAGUGAGUACAAGUGUUUACAGUCCCAGUUCUCUGUACUCUAUAAUGAGAGUAUGCAGCUGAAGACUCAACAUGAAGAGACACGUAACUUGUUGCAAACGAGUAAGAUUGGACAUCUACGCCAUAUAGAACAGAUGGAGAGUGAUGAACUCACCUGUCAGAAGAAGCUACGCACUGAGUUAAUUCAGCUGGAAGACACACUGGCACAGGUACGCAAAGAAUAUGAAAUGUUACGCAUAGAGUUUGAACAGACACUGGCUGCUAAUGAACAGACUGGACCAAUUAAUAGAGAGAUGCGUCACCUCAUCCAGAGCCUACAGAACCACAACCAGCAACUGAAGGGUGAAGCAGGUCGCUACAAACGGCGGCUGAAAGAGGCAAAUGCUGAACUGAGCAAGUUGAAAUCUGAAGGAGCAGCACAAGAGGCUAGCAAGGAUGAAGCAUCAAUGUCAUCUUCAUCUGGAACAACAACUGCCGGAAGUACAGGGGCAGGAACAGCACCUGUCUAUGUACCACCCAAAGCAGAAGCGGAACCUGUCGUUUUGAAGAAACCUGAUGAGGACGAGAAGGAUUUUGAUGUGAAAGACAAAGGUCGCUCAGAGUCAGAGAUUAUAAAAGAUUUACGAGCUCAGUUAAAGAAGAACCAAGACAGCCAGAAGGAAAUGAAGUUGCUACUGGAUAUGUACAAGAGUUCAUCAUCAAAAGAGAAUCGUGACAAAGUUCAGUUAAUGAAAGCAGAAAAGAAAGCUCGUCAAGAGGUUGAAGAUCUCCACAAUCACAUUCGAAAGAUGCAGGAAGCCGAGCGCAAGGAACGUCGGAAAUUGGCUGAUGAUGAUGCUUUGCGUAAGAUUAAGAAACUUGAAGACACAAUCAGCGACUUGCAGAAGAGCCUAGCAGCACAGAAACAGCGUGAAGAAGCGUUGCUCAGUGAAAUGGAUGUUACUGGCCAAGCAUUUGAGGACAUGCAAGAACAGAAUAUGCGUUUGCUUCAGCAGUUAAAGGAGAAAGAUGAUGCCAACUUCAAGUUGAUGUCAGAGCGCAUCAAAUCAAACCAGAUACACAAAUUGCUACGUGAAGAGAAGGAUAGUUCUGCAGAACAAGUAGCUACGCUUCAUGGUCAAGUGCAGGCACAGAACCAAGUGGUACGAAAGCUUGAAGAAAAAGAACGCAUCCUGCAGAACAACCUUGCUACAGUUGAAAAAGAACUCAGCCUACGUCAACAAGCCAUGGAGAUGCACAAACGAAAAGCAGUAGAAAGUGCUCAGGCAGCAGCUGAUCUGAAGUUACGCCUUGAUAAAUAUCAAUCACAGUUGAAAGAGGCCCAAGUUGCUGUUGCCGAAAAGACUGCGCACUUGGAGAAGGAAUCAUUCAAGUUUAAACGGAUGCAGGAGGAAGUAGCAAGCCUUCGACGCAAGCUUGAGCGUUCAAAGAAAAUAGAGAUGGCUGGUGCUGCUGAUGAAGUUCUCAUGGAGGAGAUAAAAGAGUACAAGGAGCAACUGACCUGUCCGUCCUGCAAGGUCAAGCGUAAGGAUGCUGUGCUGACCAAGUGCUUCCAUGUGUUUUGCCUAGAAUGUCUAAAGACGCGCUAUGAGACUCGCCAGCGUAAAUGCCCCAAGUGCAAUGCUGGGUUCGGUGCCAACGAUUACCAUCGAUUAUAUCUCACUUAAAACAAACCUUCAUAUUUGGACAAGUGGAAUUUUUAAAUCGGGAGUAGAUUGGAGUAUUUCAUUUUCCUCGGGGAAAUUUUCAUGUGUGUGUGUGUGUGUGUUUGCGCAUGUGUUAGAAUGAGUGAGUGUGUGCAUGUGUGUGUAUCAUAGGCUGAGUUUUGGAAUAUAAAAGAAUGUUAUCAUCACUACCAGUUACUCAUUGCUACUUGUGAACUGUAUGCAGUGAGUCGAUUGUUUUUUUAUGAAGCAGGGCAGUUUGUGUUUGACAGACUAAAAUAAUCUCAUGUUUACUCCCACUCCCCUUUAUCUAGAUUAUGGAGGUUAUAUGUGU